GGAAAUUCCUUCUUCGUCUUCCAAAAUUGCAAGUGGCUUCCCUCCAAUUCUCCAUCGGAGCCCGCUGUCGUCGUUGUUCCUCUUCGUCUCACUGUAUUUCUCUGUGUCAAUAUCUUAAGGUUUUUUCACCAGGGAGCUUCCUUACAUGCGCAAAACGUCAUGGACGCGAACAAUACCUUCGAUUCUGAUCUGAUUCACGCCAUUUUCAAGCACAUUUGGGCGCGAAGAUUUCGCGAAAGGGAGAGGAGUGAUGCAAUUGAUGCUGCGGAAGCUGAGGUUGCUCUGGGAACAUCAAAGAAGAACAGACUUGCUUCUGCCAACGCAAAUGCUCUGAAACUCAGCUGUGAGCUUCUCAAGAGUUUUGUCUCAGAGGCUGUGCAGCGCGCCGCCAUAAUUGCUGAAGCUGAGGGAAUGGACAAGAUUGAAGCUACUCAUUUAGAGAGGAUUCUUCCUCAGCUUCUUUUAGACUUUUAAGUUAUCUUAUAAUCUCUGUGAAAACUCACAAAAAAUGGCUUCUUCUGCGGAUGCUCUAGAGGGUGGGCCUUCGUCUUUGAGAAUUGCGGCCGAUA